UUAGAUUUAAACAAACCCCCCCUCCUAGGACUGAAGGUCUAUUUUUAAACAGAGUACAGAGUAUGUCUGUAUGUGUAGGCGCAUAUAGAGAGCACCUACAUACAAAAUAUUUUUGUUUAGAUUUAUUUUGCAUUAAUUGCAUGCACUCUUAGUAUUUAGCAUCUCACAAUCAUUACAUUCUCAACCUCGGAUCUCCAGGCGGUCUUUACACAGCUGACAAGCCGGGGUACGAGCGCUUUUCUGCGGUCACCGUGCUCCGUCUUUUACAACACUGAUAUCAGACAUCACACACCCGAACCGGAUACUAUCAUACCCCAAGCUGAUCUACCAGGUCGGUGGUCCCUGUGGGGGUGUAUGUGAGUGUGCGCUUAUUUUAAAUAUUGGAUUUGGCGAUCGGAUUUAUCCUACACCCUGAGCCCCGUCACUCGCCAUGCCCGGCCCGGUGGCCGGUAGUAAAUCUCGGGUGUAUGCCGAUGCCAACACUUUGAAGAGCAGGGAAUACUGGGACUAUGAGGCCCAUGUGCCCACCUGGAGUAAUCAGGAGGACUACCAGCUGGUACGGAAGCUUGGGAGAGGGAAAUACAGUGAGGUUUUCGAGGCCAUCAACGCCAACAAUAAUGAGAAGGUUGUGGUCAAAAUCCUUAAGCCUGUCAAGAAAAAGAAGAUCAAGAGAGAGAUCAAAAUCUUAGAGAACCUUCGUGGGGGAACCAACAUCAUUCACCUCAUGGACACCGUGAAGGAUCCUGUGUCUCGAACACCUGCGCUUGUCUUUGAAUGCAUCAAUAACACAGAUUUUAAGGAGCUGUAUCAAAAGUUAACAGAUUAUGAUAUUCGUUUUUACAUGUAUGAACUACUAAAGGCUCUGGACUUCUGCCACAGCAUGGGGAUCAUGCACCGUGAUGUCAAACCCCACAAUGUCAUGAUUGACCACCAGUUAAGAAAGCUGAGGUUGAUAGACUGGGGUCUGGCCGAGUUCUAUCACCCAGCUCAAGAGUACAAUGUCAGAGUGGCAUCGCGGUAUUUCAAAGGUCCCGAACUGCUGGUGGACUACCAGAUGUACGAUUACAGUUUGGAUAUGUGGAGUCUUGGCUGCAUGCUAGCCAGUAUGAUCUUUCAGAAAGAGCCCUUCUUUCACGGCCAAGACAACUAUGAUCAGUUGGUGAGGAUUGCAAAGGUUCUUGGGACAGAUGAAUUAUUUGGAUAUCUGCGCAAAUACCACAUUGAACUGGAUCCACGAUUCAAAGACUUGCUUGGACAACAGACACGGAAACGCUGGGAACAGUUUGUGCAGACAGAGAACCAGCAUUUGGUUAGCCCAGAGGCUCUGGACCUUCUCGAUAAGCUGCUACGCUACGACCAUCAGCAGAGACUGACCGCCACCGAGGCCAUGGAGCACCCUUAUUUCUAUCCAGUGGUGAAGGAGCAGUCUCACACUAAUACAGAUGGCACCAUAGUGACAAGUGGAACUAACACACCUCGAUGAGAGCAGGAACUGGAAAAGGAAGACGUUUGUUACCUCAAUUUGUUUAUCCCUCGUGUCUGAAACCUCUACAAGUGUACAGUGAAAGUUGGAUUUGAGCAGCACCUGUUACACCUCAUCUCUCAGACACACAUACACACACAUAAUCAUCAUCAUUAUCAUCAUCAUCAUCACACACACCGACUUUCUGUGUCUGUCAAGAUUGGUCUGCUCCUCUAGUUUGAAGUUUUCAAAGCUUUCCCUUCCCAGUUUAAAAUGUAUUAAAAGAAAUUUUUCAUUGGCUCCACCCCCAAGUACACUGGCCCCACCCUCCUUAAGCUAGGCAUGGAGAAUGAAGACCAGAAUGAUGAACUGACCUCUCUCUCCUUAUUGGUCUGUGUGUCAGUCUGUCCAGUAUUCAGACCUUGGUGCAGCCUCCACAUACUGUAGUAAUAAAGUGGCAUGGUGGACCUUUUUUUUUUUUUUUAUUUGCUCU